AUGGACUCUGGCGUGCUCCUGCCUCCGGGUGAGCCGUCGACCACCAGCAAACCCGGCGGAUGGCCAGCAGCACUCUUCCUGAUAGCGGUGGAGUUCGUGGAGCGCGUCGGGUUCUACGGCGUGCAGGGCAACCUGAUCACGUACCUCACCGGCCCGCUGGGUCUGUCCACCGCGGCGGCCGCGGCCGGGGUGAACGCCUGGGCCGGGACGGCGUCGAUGCUGCCGCUUCUCGGCGCGCUGGCCGCCGACUCCUGGAUUGGCCGGUACCGGGCCAUCGUGGCCGCCGGCGUGCUCUACCUCGUGAGCUUCGGGAUGCUGACGGUGUCAUCCAUGGUACCACCACGUCAACCUCAACCAGCGGCAUCGCCGCCGGCGUCCCCUCCCCGCGCGGCGUUCUUCUACGCCACGAUCUACGUGGUGGCGCUGGCGCAGGGCUUCCACAAGCCCAAUGCGCAGGCCCUCGGCGCGGACCAAUUCCCCCGGAGCUCCCCCGACAGCAUCGCGUCCCGUAGCUCUUUCUUCAACUGGCUCCACUUCUCCAUGUCGUGGGGCUUCAUUGUCGCCGUCGUCGCGCUGAGCUACGUGCAGGACAACGUCGGCUGGGCCGCCGGGUUCGGCGCGUCCUGGGCGAUGAUGCUCGUGUCCCUGUCCAUGUUCUUGCUUGGCACGGGCACGUACCGUAUCGCAGAGCAGCCACGCGACCGCCGUGCUCUCGCACGGCUCACGGAAAAGUUGGCAGCCACGGCGCGUACAUGGACUGACAGGGUCUUCCGUCGCAGCGCCGCCAUGGACGAUGAAUGUUUACUGAGGCCAAAAGAGCAGGAAGGCAAGGGGGUCAUGGUGAAGCUGCUUCCGAUAUGGAUGACCAGCGUCGUGUAUGCAAUGGUGAUCGUGCAGGUGUCCACUCUGUUCACCAAGCAGGGCAGCACCAUGGACCGGCGCAUCGGCGCGACCACAGGCCUAGUCGUGCCUCCGGCGGCGCUACAGAGCUUCGUCGGCCUCGCCAUCAUCGCCUCCGUCCCCAUCUACGACCGCGCCUUCGUGCCCCUCGCGAGGCGCGUGACCAAGCAUCCCUCCGGGAUCACCAUGCUCCAGCGCAUUGGCGCCGGCAUGGCCAUCGCGUCCGUCGCCAUGGCCGUCGCGGCGCUCGUGGAGGCGGCGCGCCUCCGCGCGGCGAGGGACGCCGGCCUGGUCGACAGUCCGGGGGUGACGGUGCCGAUGAGCCUGUGGUGGAUGGUGCCGCAGUACGUGCUGCUCGGCCUCGCCAACGUGUUCACCAUGGUGGGCCUGGAGGAGUUCUUCUACGACCAGGUGCCCGACGCGCUCCGGAGCGUCGGGCUCGCGCUCUGCAUGAGCAUCAUGGGCGUGGGGAACUACGCCAGCGGCGUGCUCGUGUCGGCGGUCGACUGGGCGACGAUGCGCACGGGGGAGAGCUGGUUCUCGGACAACCUCAACCGUGCGCACCUCGACUACUUCUACUGGGCUCUGGCCGGGGUCGCCGCGCUGGAGGUGCUCGUUUUCUUGUAUUUUUCCACGAGAUACGUCUACACUAACAAACGCGAGCUUGUAAUGUAGAAAUGCAUCUCGGCCCGGAAGAAACAACCGAUCUGCAUCUCAUACUUCACUUCACGGAACAUUUCUUGAU